AUGGCCGAAGAUCUGGAUACGAGCAAGAUCAAAGACUGGCGAUCAAUAAUAACUCUUAUUGUCUUUGUGAUAACUAAUAUCAUCGUGCUUUUUCCAUUCACCAUACCAAUCUACAUCCCACGAUGGCUCUACAACGCGACGCUAGAUACCCUCAGUGCUUUGCGCAUAAUCCCCUCUCGCAAACUGUAUCCACAAUACCAAGUUGAGCGAAGCAUCUUCGUCCGAAUCAAUGUGCCUCUCAAUUUCGUCACUGCUCCCCUGGCAGCCGAUCUUUUCUUGUUGGCUAUUCUUGCCAUUGGACGACAAGAGGUACAUGAUGGAACAAUUGGUGCCGACAACAUUUCUCCGAUCGAUAUUAUGGCGUUCUUCCUAACGCUUGCCUACAUUGCCAUCUCCAUUGACGCGUCUGGUCUUAUUCGAUGGCUGGCAUUCAAGGUGCUCCAAAGAGGAGGUGGAGUCGGCCACCGGCUGUUUUUCUACCUCUACGCUUUCUUCUUCGGACUAGGCAGCUUUAUCGGUAAUGAUCCUAUCAUCUUGUCCGGUACAGCCUUCCUUGCCUACAUGACCCGAGUAUCGAGCAAUAUUGUGCACCCGAGGGCCUGGAUUCACAGCCAGUUUGCGGUGGCUAAUAUCGCAUCGGCGAUCCUGGUCUCGUCAAACCCGACAAAUUUGGUGCUCGCAGGCGCUUUCGAGAUCAAGUUUAUCGUGUAUACCGCCAACAUGAUCGUCCCAGUGAUAGCCACGGCCAUCGUUAUAUUCCCUUUCCUGUUGUACAUCAUCUUCGCUGAUGAGUCUCUCAUUCCUUACUCCAUUCAAAUGCACGAGCUCUCCGAUGAAGCAAAAAAUAGGAAGCCAGUCAACCCCAAUAUCCCCCACGCACGAGGCAACGCUGAAGAAGAGGAAGAGAUGAACAACGAGCAUGGAAAAUUGCUUUCCCUCGAAGAAAUCAUGAAUCCAUUCUUGGACAAAGGAGGUGCUGCAUUUGGCGCGGUUAUUAUGGCCGUGACUCUCAUUACCCUUCUUGCGAUAAACGCCGCAAGUCAGUCUGGCUCGGAGCAUCCCGUAUUUUGGGUCACCCUGCCAGCUGCCUUUAUCAUGUUCUGUUGGGAUCUUGCGUCUGGCUGGAUCCAUCGGCACGAGACGCGCGAGAUUGCCGCUAAGGGACGACGAGAAGUGGAACUCGCGAGGGCGGAGAGAGAACGUCAAGAAUCACUUCGGAAUCUGCAAGAGCAGCAUGAAACUGCUAGUGUUCGAUCGGAUACUCAGGGGCGUUCACUACAAGGUUCAUCUCGCAGUUCGAUGGAUGGCGGCAGAGUCUCUAAUGGGGACCCAGAAAGCAGCAGCGGCACGCGAGCCUUCCAUGAUGACUCGGAGAAACGCCUAUCAGACCUGGACUACACGGGAGAUGAACCCUUCCCAAAAAUGCCGGUGUCCGUCGCGGUAAUGGAUAGCUCUUAUCAGCCCACCCUCAACACUUCGCCUGAGCCUUUGGAAGUGACACCCACUUUUGCGGUAGAUGAGGAAAAGAGGGACACUGCGGAUUUAAAAGAAAGUUCACCUCAAACACUGGUAUCUCUUGCAAAAGACCUCCACCGGUGGCUGCAGGAGACUUUCCCAACCGUCACUGUGGUGGUCUCGCAUAUGCCAUUUCCACUUGUUCCGUUCGCGCUAUCCAUGUUCGUUCUUGUCCAGGCACUCGUCACCAAGGGAUGGGUGCCUGUAUUUGCCUAUGGAUGGGAUCACUGGGUCACCAGAACAGGGACAGUAGGAGCAAUUGGGGGAAUGGGCUUUUUGUCCGUGAUUCUUUGCAACUUCGCCGGAACAAACAUUGGCACGACUAUCCUCCUUUCCCGGGUCAUUCAAUCAUGGCAACAGAUUCAUCGCGACAGCGGAAUUCCAAUUAGCGACCGCACUUUCUGGGCGUCUGUGUACAGCAUGGCCAUCGGUGUUAAUUACGGCGCCUUCAGCACCGCGUUUAGCGCAUCGCUUGCUGGUCUUCUGUGGCGUGAUAUCCUAGGGAGAAAACAUAUUCGCGUUGGGAGCAUCGAGUUUGCACGAGUCAAUCUCCCUAUUAUUGCCAUUGCCAUGGCCGUUGGAUGUACAGUCCUCGUCGGCCAGAUCUACAUUAUGCGGAAAACGACGCCUUAUGACGCAUGA